CACACAGGAAACUCGGGGGAGGGAAUGCCGUGUGCUUCUACAUUGAGAGAAGAACUGCUGUGUGCUCUGAAGAAGAACGUGCCGUUUUCCACCAUCAGAAGAAAACAGGCGUCCAAAGAUGGAAACGCCGCCAUGCUGCCGGAGGAGAGUCUGGAGAAGUUGGUGCACUUUAACUCGUGCGCAGUCGUCAGUAGUAGCCACGCACUGACGUUUCACGGGUACGGGAAGGAAAUAGACAGUCACGAUGCCGUGUUAAGAUUCAACUGUGCUCCGACUGACAAGUUUGAGAAGUUGGUCGGCAGCCGGACGGACAUUCGCAUGAUCAACACACUCAUUCCUCUGCGAAGCUGCCAGAAGGAAUUCUGGAGCGAGAAAAGCGCCAUGUUCACACACGCAACUUUGGUCGUUGGAAACAUGGACGGAAUUAACUUUGGACGUAGAGGCUCUUUGAACGUGAAACAGAAUACUCGCCAGUCGUUUUCCAACUUGAUCAAAUACCGGAAUACCUUUCCCAACAGAGCUAAGCCGUUUAUACAGAGGCCGAGAUUUGGGCAGGAUAUAAUGGCGGAAUUGGCUCGGUUCUGUAAAACAACAGGAAUGUGCGACAGGACAAAACUGCGCCCAAGUUCAGGCAUGCUUGGUGUUGUGAUGAUGUUACACCUCUGCGACUGGGUCCGUGUCUACGAGCUCGUUCCCUCCGACAAGGACGACACCAAACUCAUGUACUACUUCGACGAGAAGACGAUGUGGACAACUCACCACGUACACUCGUACAGUCAAGAAAGGAUUUACGUCAGGACUCUGUCGCUGACUCCCGAAGAAGACAUAGAAGAUACAGGCGUGGUGCUGUUGAAAGGGUUUACACAGACUCAAUGUGGCUGAUACAGAUUCAGAUUCAGAUUUUAUAGAGUAUCGACUGGCAUGUCACAUU